UUAACGCUCAUAACCGCCACACAAAAGAGAGAGAGAGAGUGAUAAAAUACAGAAGUGAUGAUUGAAUUUGAAUGGUGUUGUUUGACUGGGUGAAGACUGAACCAUACAUGGCUUCUCUCACUCUCUUCACCGCCACUACUCUACACACCAAACAUGGCUUUGGGUUUCAAAGAAUCAAGUUGUUCCCUUCCAAACACCACUGCGUCUUCUCCGUCUCAGCUUCUGCUUCCUCUUCUCCUCUCAAGGCUCUCAUAUUUGACUGCGAUGGCGUCAUACUCGAAUCUGAGCACUUGCACCGCCAGGCAUACAACGAUGCCUUCACUCACUUCAACGUUCGCUGCCCUUCUUCUUCUUCUUCUUCUUCUUCUUCUUCCGUUCACUUCUACGAUGAACUUCAGAACCAAAUUGGCGGUGGCAAACCCAAAAUGCGAUGGUACUUUAAGGAGCAUGGUUGGCCAUCAUCCACCUUGUUUGAGACUCCUCCAACCGAUGAUGAUGAUCGAGCCAACCUCAUUGACACUCUUCAGGAUUGGAAGACUGAGAGAUACAAAGAGAUAAUCAAGUCUGGAACUGUAAAACCCAGACCUGGAGUGUUGAGAUUGAUGGAUGAGGUCAAAGAAGCUGGUAUAAAGCUAGCUGUUUGCUCUGCAGCUACUAAAAGUUCAGUGAUUAUGUGUCUGGAAAGCCUUAUAGGAAUUGAGCGCUUUCAAGGUCUUGAUUGUUUCCUUGCUGGCGAUGAUGUGAAGGAAAAGAAGCCUGAUCCAUCAAUAUACAUUACUGCUUCAAAGAAGCUAGGUGUAUCAGAGAAAGAUUGCUUAGUGGUAGAAGACAGUGUUAUUGGGUUGCAGGCAGCAACACAAGCAGGGAUGUCAUGCAUUGUUACCUAUACAUCUUCCACAGCUAGCCAGGAUUUCAGUGAUGCCAUCGCAAUCUAUCCCGACUUAAGUAAUGUAAGAUUGAAAGAUUUGGAACUACUACUUCAAAAUCUGGUAGCAGCUAAAUAAGAGAUAUGGUUCUAUAUGGAAAAUUGUUACUAUUAAUUCAGAUACCUUUUUCUCCAAGGAAAUGGGUUGAAAAUUAGAUGUACCACAACGUUAAGGUCUUGUGCAUUGACAGCAGAUGUAUACAUGUGAGAUGUUGUUUUGUGAAAGCAAUUCAUUGUAAGAUGGGGUAAAAACAUCAUAGCCUAUAUAUUUGUAUGGUUCGUAAUAUUCAAUUGGAAAUGUAGGUAGAAAUCUUCUUUGCCAGUUCUUCAUGUUCA